AUGGAUAUGGAAUACCAACUCCCACAAAAUUAUUCAACCACAAAGAAGACAAAACAUAACUUGAUACCUGCUACGCCAACAUGCACCAACGACAACUACUGUUCCUGUUCUUGUUUCUUCUGCAUCGUGUCUGAAACAGUUCCUACUCUCAGAAGAGCCAAAAUCUCUCGCUACUUCAAACAAAUGCCUCACUUAGACGACCAAGAACACAUCCUAGCUUUAAAUGGGCUCUGGAAAAUUGCUGUCACUAAACCAAACGAUCCAGAGUUUCCUUCCCUUGGCAUAUUCAGAUGCAUGGCCAAAUUGAUUCAAAAAAGUGUCAGCUACAAAGAUUGGCUUCUUAGGGACCAGAAUAUGUAUAUCCCUUACUAUGCAGCACAUAUCAUUGGUUCCUACGCCAUGAAUGAAGUUAAGCUUGCGGAUAAAGCAGUUAAAUCCAACGUGGUUAAGCCACUAAUCGAACUAUUUAUUGGGAAAAUAAGUUGGGUUGAGCAGAGAGUUGCACUUCGUGCACUUGGCCACCUCGCAAGCCAUGAAGCAACUUUUGAAGCCGUAGCGGAACACGAAGCUGAAAUCAUAGAAGCAGCCAUUGACAUAGCUUCUACGUGCCUCGACACUGUUUAUGAGAAGUUUGUUUCUUUGAAGGAAUCAGAGAGAUUAGAGUACCAAAGGAACUUGCUGACGAGAGGGCAGAGAGGGUUGGAACUAGAGAAUAGAAAGGCGGAAGAAUGGGCCAACCAGCUUCAGUGCUGGUCUCUCUAUCUUCUUGAUUGCUUUGCAUGGAGAGAAAGAUCUGUGGGAUUGAUCUGCAAGAAGAAGCAGUUCUUGAAGGAAUUGUGUGGGAUGUGGGGUGGUUUAGCGAAUCCAACUUCACCUGCGGGAUUAGGACUUGUAAGAACUCUUUGUCAUACCAAAAUAGGUAGAGAAAGCAUAGCGGAUUUGAAAGAAGUGAUAGUGAAUCUUUGUAAUAUUUCAAGAUCCUCGGAUGAUAGACAAAAGUUGGCCAUUGAAAGCCUUUUGCAACUUCUUAAGGAUCCAUUCACAAGAUAUAAGGUCAUGGAUAUUGUAGUUCCGGUUCUUGUUGAUUUGGUUGAGCUCAAAAGCUUAGGACAAACAAUCACACAGACCCUAUUACAGGAUUACCACAAGAUCAAGUUUUUCAGGUCGUUGAAUUUGAAGAGCGAAAGGACCAAGAGAACGUUGGAAGAGUUAUGGGAUUUGAAGGUGGAUAGAGUGAAGAGAGAGAGUCUAAUGACUGAGCAAGAGAUCAGAGAAAAAGAAGCCAUGGCUUGUGCUUUGAAACAAGAAGGAAACAAUGAGUUUUGGUUAGGGAACAUGGAAAUGGCUGCCAUGAAGUAUUCAAAGGCUUUGGAUUUGUGUCCGUUGAAGAGAAAGAGAGAGAGAGUGGUGCUUCAUAGCAAUAGAGCACAGUGUCAUUUGGUUAUUGGAGAUGCAGAAUCUGCAGUGAGCGAUGCAAGUCGAGCUCUGGCUCUCCAAAGAGAGCUUGAUGGAUUGCUUGAUGUUCAUUAG